AUGCCGAGUGGAGCGCCGGGAUUUUCCAAGAAGAGUGGGCGGGCGGCAGUGGUGGUGGUGGUGCCAACCCUGAAGCACUGGCGCACUAUGCUAGAGCGGGUGGAGAAAUUUGUGUCGCCACUCUACCACGACUAUAACCUCUGUGACCCGCUCUUUGGGGACAGCUGCCCGAUGGCCGUGCUCUCCAGUUUCCUGACAACCUGGCUUCCCUACCAGGAGGCAAUCCAGCAGGACUUCUGCCCUGCGCAGGUCGGUGACAGCUUUGGACCCACAUGGUGGACCUGGUUCCAGGUGGAGCUGACCAUCCUGGAGGCAUGGGUAGGUCAGGAAGUUCACCUUCGUUGGGAAAGCUAUGGAGAGGGCCUGGUGUGGCAUGAUGGGGAACCAGUUCAGGGUUUGAUCAAAGAAAGGGAGAAGAGCAGUUACAUCCUGAUUGAGAGGCUGGGAGAAGGAGACCCUUGGAGCCUGACCCUCUACGUGGAAGUCGCCUUGGGACCCAGGAAGGGCACCAUGAUUGCAGACCCAGAGAAGAUGUUCCAGGUGAGCCGGGCUGAGCUGGACAUUGCCCUGGAAGCACUGUGUAAACCUCAGCAAGUUCUUGCCCAUCCUGGGCCUCGUUUGAAAACAAGGGCUUUCUCUGCUAUGCCAAGGUCCUGGCUUUGGCCCUUCAAAGAGACGCGGAAAUGUGCCCGGAGCUGGGUAACAGCCGUGCAGCUUAUGGAGCGGAACCCUGAGUUCAUCUUUGCCUGCUCCCAGGCACAGCAGCUUGAGUAGGUAAAGAACCACUACCCUGGCCUGUAUGCCUGGCUCCAGGAGUUUGCCUGCCAUGGGCAGUUUGUACCCUUGGGAGGCACCUGGGUGGAGAUGGAUGGGAACCUUCCCAGUGGAGAGGCGUUGGUGAGGCAGUUCCUGCAGGGCCAGAACUUCUUCCUGCAGGAGUUUGGGAAGAUGUGCUUGGAGUUCUGGCUGCCAAACACAUUUGGCUACUCAGCACAGCUUUCCCAGAUCAUGCGCAGAUGUGGCAUCAGACACUUCCUGGGCCAAAAACUGAGCUGGAACUUGGUGAACUCCUUUCCACACCAUACCUUUUUCUGGGAAGGGCUGGAUGGCUCCCGUGUGCUGGCCCACUUCCCACCAUAUGGAAUAGAGGGCAGUGUGGAGGAGGUACUAAAGACAGUGGCCAAAAACCGGGACAAAGGACGGACCAACCAUAGUGCCUUCCUCUUUGGCUUUGGGGAUGGAGGUAGUGGCCCUCAGAUCAUGGUAGACUGCUUGAAGCGGCCGUACAAUACAGAUGGCUGCCCAGGUCAAACCUGGCCCACUAAUAGCCCUCACUGAGCUGCUAGCUUAGCCCUUGCUUUGAGCCCUUCUUUCUGCUCGUGGGUCAGAGAGCUCUUCUUGGAGCUGCAUAAUGGCACCUACACUACCCACCCCGCCCAGAUCAAGAAAGGAAAUCGGGAGUGUGAGCGCAUCCUGCGUGACGUGGAGCUGCUCAGCAGUCUGGCCCUGGUCUGUAGUGCCCAAUUUCUACACCCAGCCCACCUGCAGGACCUCUGGAGACUCCUGAUCCUGAACGAGUUCCAUGAUGUGGUGACUGGAAGCUGCAUUCAGCUGGUGGCAGAAGUAGCCAAGUGCCACUACAAAGACAUUCGUUUCCAUGGCAAUACACUGCUCAGUGCUGCGGCUGCAGCCCUGUGAGCUGGGGAGCCAGGUGCCCAGGACCUCCUCAUUGUAAAUACCCUGCCUUGGAAGCCCACUGGAGUAUUGGCCCUGCCCAGGCCUGACAGGACCCACUCCCUAGCCCUGGUGACAGUGCCCAGCAUGGGUUAUACUCCUGCUCCUGCCCCUACCUCACUGCAGCUGCAGCCUGUGUUUGUUGUGCAAGAGACUGAUGGUUCUGUGACUCUGGACAACGGGAGGCUGGACCCGACUGGCCGCCUGACAUCCCUGGUGCUGGUAGUCUCCGGCAGGGAGGCUGUUGCCAAAGGCACUGUGGGAAACCAGUUUGUGCUGUUUGAUGAUGUCCCCCUGUGCUGGGAUGCGUGGGACAUCAUGGAGUACCACCCGGGACACGAUGGGGGGUGGGCAUACAGGCCUACUGGCCUCUCCAUCAGCUGGCCCUAGCUCAGCACCUCCCGCACAUCCCCCAGGAAGCCAGUGCUGAGCCAGGCAGGGACCCUAGCAGUGGGUGCUGAGGGCGUGCGGGGCAGCACCUGGUUCCUACUGCAGAUCAGCCCCCACAGUCAGCUCAGCCAGGAGGUUGUACUGGACGGUUUGCCCUAUGUCCACUUCCACACCGAAAUAGUGCAUGAAACCCACAAAUUUCUGAAGGUGGAGUUCCCUGCCUGUGUGCAGAACCCCCAGGCCACCUAUGAGGUUUAGUUUGGGCAUCUGUAGCGUCCCACCCAAUAUACCACCUCUUGAGACUGGGCUUGAUUUGAGGUGUGGGCCCACAGCUGGAUGGACCUGUUGGAGUACAGCUUUGGGCGCCUACUCAAUGACUGCAAGUACAGAGCAUCAGUUCGGGGCAGCAUCCUCAGCCUCUCGCUCUUGCGGGCACCUAAGGCCCCUGAUGCCACUGUUGGCGUGAGGCGCCAUGAGUUCACAUAUGUGCUGAUGCCGCACAAGGGUGAGUGCUGCCUUGCCCCUUCUCUGCUCUUCGCCAAACCUCGGUUUUUUUUCUACAGUCAGUGGGGGAAACAGCAGCUCUGUGCCCGCCCCUACCCCCUUUUGCACCACUGGUUCCUUUCCGGCCCUUGCCCAGGCUCCUUCCAAGAUGCUGGCGUUACCCAAGCAGCCUACAGCCUCAAUUUCCUGCUGUUGAUGCUGCUGGAGUGCCUUCACUGUGUCUUCCUCCAGGUGGUGCUGGAGACCGUCCAGCAGGCAAGGGCCCCCAAGGGCCACACACUGGUGCUCAGGCUGUAUGAGGCCCAUGGCAGCCACGUGGACUGCUGGCUGCAAAUGUCGCUGCCAGUUCAGGAGGCCCUCCUCUGUGACCUCCUGGCUGGCCACCUGCCCCUUAGGGACACUGGCCUAAAACUCACCUUUUCUCCCUUCCAAGUACAGUCUCUAUGGCUCAAGCUGCAACCUCCACUGAACUGA